UCUUGGCUGGCCAAGAAAGGUCCUCAUCCUCCUGCUGUGAGUCACCAUCCCAAAUACACCCACCGAAUCGUGAGCUCUCACGAUUUCUUCUCAAGCCUUCUGAUCCCAAAUCCGGCCUCUGCGCACCUCGCUAGCUCCAAGGAGCGCUUAGGCGGCAUCUGACGACUUUGCGACUCGCAAUCAAUGAGGGCAGCCACCGCAACCCUAGCCGGACGGAGACGCCGUAACGCGUCCAUGCCGGGACUUCGUCAUCCUCCCCAUUGCUCCCACGCGUCUAGCACGAAGCACACCCCGCGAAUCCCCCGACCGCCAAAUCCCCAAGUCAGUCGGGUGAUUCCAUCUACUUACUCAUCCCCAAGUCACGAAUCCAUCUGAAUACCCGAGUGAUUCCAUCAGGUUCCCCAAGUCACGAAUCCAUAUGAACUCGUGUGAAUCCAUGUGGUUCCCCAAAUCAUAAAUCCAUAUGAGGUAUGUACACGUUCGUCCAGUGUGAGAUUCAUUUGUAGAGUCAAGAUGCAAAGGGCGCAAGAUUGAUCAGCGGUGGAGAGACCCGAGUACAUCGGUGGUUGCGAUGGCACUGCAGGGGAUCCUGCUGUGGGCUCCUCAGGCUGCACCCAUCGGAGAUUUGCCUGUUCUCACUUCUACCUUCUGGUGAUGCCAAGUAAGAAGGUGAAUGAGAAGCAAUCUUGUGUUUAUCCUACACGUCCCAUAAGCUAAAUGCAAAGAGGAUAUGAAGCGCUGCUAGGAUGCCUCACUGCGGCGGUGAUAGUUGGGGUCAUCGCUGUUUCCUGCCAUAUCAGGAAAAAAGCACGCAAGCUCAAACCAUCAACAAAGGAUAAUGAGUUCACCGUGGCAUCCCUUGAGUAUGAGGAGACUAUCUGCAAGCAGAUAUCGAUCAAAGAUAUAUACACUGCAACCGAACACUUGAGUCCAUCAAAUGUAAUCGGCCAGGGUAUUGCAGGGAAAGUGUAUAGAGGAGUGCUUGCAAAUGGCUGGCCUGUUGCGGUGAAGCACAUCAUUAAGAAUGAGCAUGCAGAAACCUUCCUAAGGGAAGUUACAAGCCUAUCACAUGUCAGGCACCCAAAUCUUGUGUCAUUGAGAGGUUACUGUGACGGACAGGAUGAGUGCUUUCUUGUGUAUGAGCUGUGCAUCAACGGUAAUCUGUCAGAAUGGCUAUUCGGAAAGGAUAAAAACCUGUCAUGGAUUCAGAGGCUUCAGAUAGCACUUGGAAGUGCUUGUGGCCUUUGGUUCCUGCACAUAUAUCCUGAAGGUUGCAUUGUUCACCGUGACAUCAAGCCAACCAAUAUACUUCUUGGGCUUGAUAUGGAACCCAAGCUGUCAGAUUUUGGGCUCUCAAGAGUCAUCGACUUAGGUGUAUCGCACGUAAGUUCUGAAGUCAGAGGAACUUUUGGCUAUGUCGAUCCAGAAUACCGCCACAACCACAAGGUGAAUGCUGCAGGGGAUGUGUACAGCUUCGGCAUGGUGCUCCUGCAGCUCCUGUCAGGAAAGCGAGCAAUCAGCAUCAUGAAUACAGCUAAGCCAAUGUCACUGGACAAAAUGGCUUCCGCACUUAUCCAAGAAGGCAAUGUGUUGGAGUUUGCUGAUCCUAGGUUGAACGGAGAGUACUCAACUGAGGCAUUUGAUCUCAGUCUGAAUCUUGCUCUGUCAUGCACCGGCUACAAGAAGCAGCGGCCGUCCAUGGAGCAAGUUGUGUCGAGGCUAGAGAAGGCUCUAGAGAUCUCCAUGAAGGAUGAUGAGAAGCACAACAGCAUUAGCAUUGUUGAGUCCCUUGCAUAGCUAACCUGUGUGACCCUAGCUCUUUAAUGUUUCCAUGAUCAUGUUUAAACAUUUUUGUGCACUAAGGUGAACAAAUACAAUUCAGUGCUGAUAAAUUGAUAGAAUUACUUCA